AUGGAUCAAACAAUUCUUCUCCUGCUUUUAUUAAAAUACAUAUUUAAGGGUUCAGAGAGUCUAGACUGUGACCAAGUGAAAAAGCCUGCUAGAGUAGUUUUAAUGGAGUGGACUGAAUUGCCCAAAGGAGAGGAUCCAGACUAUUAUAUUAUAACAUACCAGCAAGCAGAUGCUUUCAGUCAAAAAAAUGUAAGAAACAUCUCUAAAGUUGAACAGAAACCAGUCAGUACUACAGUUCUGCUUGAGGAAAAUAAGAAGUAUGGUAUUACAAUAGAAUCCCUAAAAAAUGGCCGAAUCUUAAGUGUAAAAUCAUUUAAGACACGUGGAAUUUCAGAAAAUGACAUCAAAACAGUUGUGACGGCUACUACAGUGUCUUUUAAUUGGACUACACUGACCAAAGAAUUUUCAGUCUCCAUUUCACUGAAUGAUACUUCUCAGAUUAUAAAAAACUCCAGUGGAUUCUUUGUAUGGACUAAUUUGGCACCUGCCACCUUACAUACAUUUCAGUUUAUAUUUGAACAAUUGCAUCUUAAAUUUAUAAAUGUGUCUCAGUCACUGGACAUUCAAGCUGAAACAGGCACCUGUUCCCAAGGAUGGGUGGCAUUCCAAAGCAGCUGCUAUCGAAUGGGUAAAGAGAGCAAGCCAUGGAAUGUGGCACAACAAAUAUGUGAAAUGUCUUCACGAGGGGCGCAUCUUCUUGAUAUAGGGAAUGAAGAAGAACGUGGUUUUAUUUUGUCUUAUCUCCAGACAUUUAGUCAAAUAAUCAUGCUAUGGACGGGUCUCAAUGACCUAAAGGAAGAAGGUCAGCUCUUGUGGACAAAUGAAUCUCCUUAUCUUCUAAAGGCUGGUCUCUCAACUUUGUCAAUGAUACCAGAAAAUGAAACUGACUGCUACGCCCUUCAGAGAAAUCCUACUGGUCCAGGCUAUUUCUUCACAGGAUUUUUCUGCUAUAUACAAUUACCAUAUAUUUGUGAAUAUGAAUUACCUCUGGUACCAGAAAACUUCACGUUUAGUGUGCGUGAUGUCAAUACAACUGAAGCUGUAUUUAUGUGGAGUAAUAUGGACAACUGGCUUAAGUCAGACUUUGCACUUAUAAUUAAGUACUAUUUUCAUCAAUGGAAACCAUACAUUCUGAAUUUGCCUGUGAAUACAACUCAAACAAAAAUUAUGCAGUUGUCUCCUGGCCUUUCCUACAGGUUUUUAUUAGCAGCAAGGAACCCAGAAGGAGCACAGACUAUCUUAAGUCCAAUUCUGAAGGUAGAAACAAGGUCAUUGCACUCCCAGAAGUUAGAGGCUACAUAUGUUUCAUCUGCAGAAAUACAUUUAAAGUGGAAGCCUCCACAGCAUUCAUCCAGUGCUUCUUUUCAUUACUACCUCCUCAACGUUUUGGAUACUGAAACCAACAUCUGGAAACAGUUACUGGUUGAAAAAAGCAAGACUUCAAUAGUAAUAGGAAAUGUAAAACCUUAUCAUCAGUAUCAGGUAUAUUUACAGACCAUGUCAGAGAAAGAAACUCUAGGCUGCCAUGAGAAGCCUAUAUUAAUCACAACAGCUGUCAGUCCACCUACAGCUGUUUAUAUUCACCCAGAGGAUGUACAAGAAGAGAGUGUAAUUCUUCACUGGAAGCUGCCACUAGAGGCUCAGGAAUCCUACAUUCAAGUGAAACCUAAUGCAAACAUAGGUGAAACGAAGAAGAUCUUAUUAAACAACACAGAAGAGUUUAAGGUUGAUCUCCUAAUUCCUGGAAUGGCUUAUGAAAUAGCAGUGGCAAGUGUGUAUAAUGGAAGUAUGAGUGAACUGAAGACCAUUCAAUGCACUUUAAAGCCCAAGCCUGUUCAAAUUGUAGUUCCUUAUGUGUUUUAUAGCAAUGCUGUGGUAUUAUUUGUUCACAUGCCCAAUAUUGGAGUAUUUGAUGGCGUAUACGUUACAAGUAAAGGAGGACCUAAUGUGACAUUCAUUUUAAAAAGCGAUGGUAAAAUAACAAUUGAAAACCUUACUGCAGGAACAGAAUAUGAUUUCUGCAUUUCCACAAAAAGUGGGAAAAUGUUGAGCUCCUUUUACCAUGUAUCUGGUAUAAAAACAUGUCUGGCUGCUCCAGUCAAUGUACGAGAAGGUAAUGUUACAGACACUUCCAUACAGAUUGCUUGGGACCGUGCUGAUGGAGAUUUUCAGCAAUACGAAGUUACAUGUGCCAAUUGUGCAAGUGCUUUCAGGGUCCAGAAGGUCAAGCAAGAAAAAGCAACAUUUUCCAACCUUACUCCUGGUAAGCUGUACAACUUUACAAUUCGAACAGAAAAGGAAGGUUUCAGAGACAGUAUUUUUGUGACAAAGGAAAUACAGACAGUACCAAGCGCAGUUAAGUAUCUGAACUAUAGCAGAGACUCUGAAUCAAUAGCUGUUACCUGGCCACCAGCCCAAAAUAUGUUUGAUGGAUAUGUUCUUUCAAUAAACAGUAAGGUCUUCAGUGAGGACAAAAUGUUACCUUCUGGUGUAAGAAUGUCCAGAUUUGAGAGUCUUCUGCCAGGCACCGAUUUCUUAAUCAGUAUUGUGACAACCAAUGGAUUAAAAAGAAGUCACCCCACCAUCCUCAAGAUUAGCACCUAUCCUGAUCCACCAUCAGAUUUACAGGUGUUUGAAGGAGAAAAUAUGGUCUAUUUUUCUUGGAAACCACCAAGAGGAGGAUUUGAUAUGUUUCAGCUUUCAUAUUGUCUGAUGAAUAAUAAAAAACAGCUUACCAGAACUGUUCAUGACACCAGAGCUAUAGUGAGAAAUCUGGCCCCUGGGACAGAAUACUUUUUUCAGUUAAGGACAGUUAAAGGCUUGGAUUCUUCUGUGGCUGUGGAGAAAACAGUUAUCACAAAACCAUCUGGGAUAUGUGGUCUGACAUUAAAAAUGGUUAAUACUUCCUCUGCAACUUUAAUGUGGAAUCCAACCAAGACUAAUUUUACUUCUUAUAAAGCAUCUUUAUCAAACAACACCUUUAUAAACAAGUUCAAGAUUCCAGCAGAACUGACUGACUUCAGUGUUACAGACCUGACUGCUGGGGGCAUUUAUAAUUUCACACUGCAAAGACUAAGAGGAAAUAUAGAAGGAGCUUCUGCUUUCAUUGAAAUUGUAACAGAACCUGCAAAGCCAGAAGGACUUAAAUUCUUCAAAGUUUCUUCAUAUUCUUUUUCACUGUAUUGGAGACUACCGUAUGGACAUGUAGAGAGAUUUCAUGUGGAUCUUAUUCCUGAUUGUGGUUCUGUUGUUAUCCUAGAUCUUGGAGUUAGGGAGUAUCAAGCUGAUUUUUCUAAUACUGUCCCUGGAACAACAUACAAUGUUACAGUUUCUGCAGUUUCUUCUUCAGUCUACAGUUCACCUGCGAGUAGAACAGUGACAACAAAUGUGACAAAUCCUGGGCCCCCUAUGUUCCUUGCAGGUGAAAGAGUAGGCUCAGCUGGGAUUUUGCUGUCAUGGAAUACGCCGCUGCAUCCGAAUGGGAGAAUUCUGUCCUAUAUUGUUAAAUAUAAAGAGGUCUGCCCAUGGGUGCAAACAACUUAUACACAGGUCACAACAAAGCCAGAUAGCUUGGAAGUUCUUCUUACCAGUCUUAAUCCUGGAACAACUUAUGAAAUUAAGGUUGCUGCUGAGAACAGUGCUGGUGUUGGAGUGUUUAGCAAUCCUUUUCUUUUUCAGACAGCAGAAAGUGCUCCAGGUAAAGUAGUGAAUCUCACAGUUGAAGCCUUAAAUUAUUCAGCUGUAAAUCUGAUCUGGUUUCUCCCUCGGCAACCAAAUGGAAAAAUAACUAGUUUCAAGAUUAGUGUGAAACAUGCAAGAAGUGGAAUUGUAGUGAAAGAUGUCUUGGUUAAAGUAGAGGAACUUCUGUCUGGAAGGUUACCAGAAUGUAAUGAUAACAGUGAAUCAUUUUUGUGGAGUACUACCACUCCUUCAACUACUUUUGGCAAAUCCACAAUUCCUUCACGGACAACAGUUACACCAAGUACAGAAGCACUGAGUCAGAUGAGCUCUGUUUGGAAUGAGCCAAUUAGUUUUGUUGUAACUAACCUCAGGCCAUAUACUACCUAUCUUUUCGAAGUCUCUGCAGUUACCACUGAAGCAGGCUACAUUGACAGUGCAAUUGUCCGGACACCAGAAUCAGUUCCAGAAGAUUCACCACAAAACUUUGCCAAAAGCAACGUUACAGCAAAGUCUUUCUCAGUGAUGUGGGACCCACCGACCAUAGUAACAGGAAGGUUUAGUUACGGAGUUGAGCUCUAUGGGCCAUCUGGUCAUAUUCUGGCUAACAGCACAAAAGAUCAUAAGUUUGUAUUUAGUAACCUUGUGCCUUUUACAACAUACAAAGUGUACAUCAGUGCUGAGACAAGUGCUGGGGUGGGGCCAAAGACUAACCUUACAGUUUUCACUCCUGCAGAUGUUCCAGGUGCCGUUUCAGAUUUACAUCUAGCAGAAGUGGAAGCCACAUAUAUAAAAAUCAUUUGGAGGAAGCCACAACAACCAAAUGGAAUCAUUACUCAGUACAGGGUAAAAGUACAUGUGCAGGAAACAGAGGUGACUCUGGAAAACACUAUUCUUGAAGGAAAAAAUAAGUAUUUGAUUGAUUCUUUGGAACCAUACAUGAUAAAUGAAAACAUCAAACUUUCUCCCACUUGGAAUUCAAUGGAAACAGCCAAUGAAUUAUAUGAGGGCUCAGCUGAAAUGUUUUCCAGCAUUCAGACAGCUUCCCCAGUAGUAUUUACAAGUAUAUCUGGUGAUAAUUUGCCUACUAUAAAUGGAGAUGCAGAAUUACAUUCAGCUUUGGAUAAUCGGUAUGCCAUUAACAUUUUGGCUGAAGAACUGGCAUAUGUUAUAAAGGGCCUCACACCUUUCACAGACUACACAAUCAGUGUGUCUGCUUUCACUGUUGUUGGAGAAGGACCACCAUCAGUUCUUACGGUCAAGACACUUGAACAAGUUCCAAGCUCAGUGCAAAAUAUAUCCUACAAGAAUAUUAGUUCCUCCUCUGUUUUGCUGUAUUGGGAUCCUCCAGCAAAUCCCAAUGGGAAAAUCAUUCAUUAUACUGUUUAUGCGAUGGAACUGGACACAAAAAGAGCAUUCCACAUAACAACUUCAAAUAGCAGCUUACUUAUGACAGGUUUAAAAAAGUACACAAAUUAUAAAAUGAGAGUUGCAGCAUCUACCACAAUUGGAGAAAGUGCUUUGUCUGAAGAGAAUGAUGUUUUUGUGAGAACCCCUGAAGAUGAACCAGACUCCCCACCCCAAAAUGUAGAGUUAAUAAAUGUAACUGCAAUGGAAAUAAAUCUGAGAUGGUUACCGCCUGAGAAGCCUAAUGGUCUCAUAACUCACUACCAAGUUUUUUACAGUGAUUCCAAUAAUUUAUUUAUUAAAAAUACCUCAUCUACAUGUAUAACACUAAGUGAAAUGAAGCCAUAUACUCUUUACAACAUCUCUAUAAGGGCAUUCACCAGACAUGGCCAUGGGAAUCAGUCAUCUUUACCACUUCUGGUGAGAACUUCUGAAACUGUUCCUGAUUCUGCACCAGAAAACAUAACCUAUAGGAACAUCUCAUCCAUGGAAAUUGAAUUAUCAUUUUUUCCACCAUCUAUUCCCAAUGGAAUCAUACAGACCUACACAAUAUAUCUCAAGAGGACUAAUGGAACUGAGGAAAGAAUCAUAAACACUACUCUUCUGACACUACGUAUUACAGAUUUAAAGAAAUAUACAGAAUAUACUGUAGAAGUGUCUGCUAGUACCACGAUGGGGGAGGGCCUUCGUAGUUCACCUCUGUGUAUACUGACUGAUGAAGAUGCUCCCAGUUCUCCUCCAGAAUCCCUUUCCAUAAAACAGUUGUCGGGUGUCACUGUGAAGUUGUCAUGGAAACCUCCGCUGGAGCCAAAUGGAAUUAUCCUCUAUUACACAGUUUAUGUCUGGAAUAAAAUGUCAAAAAGGAGUGUUAAUGUAACAGAAACGUCAUUGCAGUUCACAGACCUGGAAAAUAACUAUGAGUAUAGUACUUACCUAACAGCAAGUACAAGAUUUGGAGACGGCAACAUAAAAAGUGAUACUAUAAUAUUCAGAACUUCUGAAGGAGCACCAAGUGAUCCACCAAAAGAUGUUGUGUACAGAAACCUUACUUCCACAUCAAUAAUGCUAUUCUGGUCUCCUCCUCAAAAACCUAAUGGAAAUAUACUGUACUACUCAGUUUAUUUCAAAAAUCAUUCAGGAAUAUUCAUACAGAAUUUCUCAAGUUAUGGUAACGACAGUGAUGUCAGUAUGUCCCAGUCUGCAAUUUUGGAUGACUUGGCAAAAUACAGUCAUUAUACUCUAUGGUUAACUGCAAGUACAGCUUUUGGAGAUGGAAACAAGACCAGUGAAAUAAUAGAUGUGUAUACAGAUCAGGAUAUCCCAGAUGGUUUUGUUGAAAAUCUGGUCUAUCAAAACAUUUCUUCAUCUUCUGUAAAUGUAAGCUGGCUUCCACCAUCCCAGCCAAAUGGCUUAGUCUUCUUUCAUGUUUCUCUAAGUUUACUGCAACCGGGAACAAAUAAGACAUUGUCUUUCCUUACUUACAACACAAGCAUCAUUUUUGAUAAUCUGGAGAAAUACACUGAUUACAUUCUGAAAAUCACACCAGCCACUGAUAAAGGAUCUUCUGAACUGCAUGCUCUUAGUCUGCAUAUAAGAACGGAUGAAGAUGUCCCAGAAUCAGCACCUAUAAUCAAAACAUUUUCAAAUCUCUCAACUACCUCAGUUAUGCUUUCAUGGGACCCUCCUGUUAAGCCAAGUGGUAUUAUAAGAAGUUAUGAUUUAAAUUUAUUUGGGCCAGAAAGGAAUAACUCAUUCUCUACCACCAAUAACUUUAUCAUCUUGGAAGACCUUCUACCAUUCACAUUAUACAGUAUUUAUGCAGCUGCGAGAACAAUAAAAGGAUCUGGUCCAUCUGCCAUGCUUCAGUUCUACACAGAUGAGUCAGUGCCAUUAGCUCCACCCCAGAAUCUGACCAUUACCAACUACACUGCAGAUUCCGUGUGGCUAAAAUGGGAUCCAAGUCCUCAGUCAAAUGGUGUUAUUAUGAGAUAUAAUUUUAAGAUUUAUCAAAACAACACUGAAAAACUAUUUUAUUGGAACAUUUCAGGUUCAAACCACGAGGCAAACAUUGUUGGAUUGGAACCGUUUAGCCCCUAUUUUAUCAGUGUGUCUGCAUUUACCAAGCUUGGGAAUGGCAAUCAGUUCAGUAAUGCUGUCCAGUUUACAACGAUGGAAUCAGUACCAGAUGCUGUCCAGAAUGUUCAUUGUAUUGCAAUGAAUUGGCAAUCAAUCCUAGUGCAGUGGGACCCUCCUGCUUUAUCCAACGGUGUAAUUACUCAUUACAUCAUAACAGUUGAAGGAAAUUCUACAAAUUUUUCAUCUUAUGAUACACUGCAUAAUUUUAGAAAUCUGCUUUCCAACAUUACUUACCAAUUUAAAAUAAAAGCUGCAACGUCUGCUGGUGAUGGUGAAGAACAGAUAUGCAAUGCCAGUACACUUCCAGAAAAAGUUCCUAGUGCUCCCAGGGAUAUUGUUUUCUCCAAUGUGCAAUCAACAAGUGUGACCUUGAACUGGAGACCACCAAAAUCUAUCCUUGGCUACUUUCAAAACUACAAGAUUACCACACAGCUACAGUCCAUCCAUUGCAGUGACUGGGAAACUAAGGGAUGUAUUGAAUAUGAGAUGCAUCGAUAUUUAUAUGAAAAUGUGUUGGACGACCGGAUAGAAGAGACAGUAUACGGACUGAAAAAAUAUAGAUGGUACAGAUUUGCAGUUGCUGCUAGUACAAAUGUUGGUUAUGGCAGUUAUUCACCUUGGAUUUCUACGCAAACACUUCCUGGCUCUCCAGAUGGUCCUCCAGAAAAUGUGACCGUGUUAGCUACAUCUCCUCACAGUAUUAAUAUCAGCUGGAGUGAACCUGUCAUCAUUACUGGACCAACAUGCUACCUUAUAGACAUUACCUCAGUAGAUAAUGACAAUUAUAAAGCUCAAUUUCUGAAGACAAAUGAAGAGGGUAAAGUCUUAGAAAUUUCUGAUUUAAAAGCAUUUACAAGGUAUUCGGUAGUAAUCAUUGCCUUUACGGGGGAUGUUAAUGCUGCACUCCUUGAAGGGCAGGCUAGUUCUCCAGUAAUUGUCUCCACUUUUGAAGCAGUACCUGAAGACCCACCUAACAACAUAACAUUUCAGAAGAUACCAGACGAAGUAACAAAGUUCCAAGUAACAUUCGUGCCACCAUCUGAACCAAAUGGAAAUAUUCAGGUGUAUCAAGCUAUGGUUUACAAUGAAGAUGACCCAGCUGCCAUCCAGAUCCACAACCUUAGUGUCAUUGGUAAAACAGAUCAGUCAGUUACUGCCAUGAUAGAAGGACUAAAAGGAGGACAUACCUAUAAUGUCAGCGUGUAUGCAAUUAAUGGUGCUGGUGCAGGGCCAAAAAUUCAAUUGAAAAUAACCAUGGAUAUAAAAGAACCACCACGACCUAAAAAGAAACCAACACCAGUUUAUGAUACCAAUGGGGCAUUACUCGUCACAGCUACAACAAUUACAAUCAGAAUGCCAAUAUGUUAUUACAGUGAUGAUCAUGGCCCUAUCAAGAAGAUACAAGUUCUUGUUGUGGAAGCUGGAGCUCAGCAUGAUGGGAAUGUUACUAAGUGGUAUGAUGCCUACUUCAACAGACCAAGGCCAUAUUUUACAAAUGAAGGCUUCCCAAACCCACCUUGUAUAGAAGGAAAAGAAGAUCUGAGUGGCAAAGAAGAGAUAUAUGUCAUAGGUGCUGAUACUACAUGUACAAUACCAGGCAGUCAAGACAAAAUAUGUAAUGGCCCACUGAAACCAAGAAAGCAGUACCUAUUUAAGUUCAGAGCAACUAACAUUAAAGGACAGUUUACAGAUUCUGACUAUUCUGACCCUGUCAAAACAUUAGGUGAAGGACAGUCAGGAAGAUCUGUAGAAGUUAUCCUUGCUGUUACUUUGUGUAUACUUUCAGUUGUUAUUUUGGUGGCUGCAGCGUAUACUUUUGCCAGAAUUCGGCAAAAGCAAAAAGAGGGAGGCACAUACUCCCCACGAGAUGCUGAAAUUAUUGACACUAAGUUCAAACUGGAUCAGUUGAUCACAGUGGCAGACCUGGAACUGAAGGAUGAGAGAUUUACACGAUACUCUUCAUUUUUCUUUAGACGCAAGGAGAUAUUUGUCAUCCAGUUACUUAGUUAUAGAAAAUCCAUCAAGCCAAUAAGCAAGAAAUCCUUCUUACAACAUGUUGAAGAGCUUUGCACAAACAACAACCUAAAGUUUCAGGAAGAAUUUUCGGAACUUCCCAAGUUUCUUGAAGACCUUGCUUCAACUGAUGCUGAUCUGCCUUGGAACAGGUCUAAGAAUCGUUUCCCAAACAUAAAGCCAUAUAAUAACAACAGAGUAAAGCUGAUGCCUGAUGCUGGUAUUCCUGGAUCUGACUACAUUAAUGCCAGCUACGUGUCUGGUUAUUUAUGUCCAAAUGAGUUUAUUGCAACUCAGGGACCAUUACCAGGAACAGUGGGUGAUUUCUGGAGAAUGGUGUGGGAGACGAGAGCAAAAACACUUGUGAUGCUUACACAAUGUUUUGAAAAGGGACGGAUAAGAUGUCAUCAGUACUGGCCAGAAGAUAACAAACCAGUGACUGUGUUUGGGGAUAUAGUGAUUACUAAAUUGAUGGAAGAUAUUCAAAUAGACUGGACCAUCAGAGAUCUAAAAAUUGAAAGGCAUGGAGACUGCAUGAUGGUGCGGCAGUGUAACUUUACUUCUUGGCCAGAACAUGGAGUCCCCGAAACCACUGCACCAAUUAUCCAUUUUGUAAAACUUAUCCGUGCAAGUCGAGCACAUGAUAGUACACCAAUGGUGGUUCACUGCAGUGCUGGUGUUGGAAGAACAGGUGUUUAUAUUGCACUUGACCAUUUAACCCAACAUAUAAAUGACCACGAUUUUGUGGAUAUCUAUGGACUUGUAGCUGAGUUAAGAAGUGAAAGAAUGUGUAUGGUACAGAAUCUGGCACAAUAUAUAUUUUUGCAUCAGUGUGUAUUGGAUCUGUUGACAAGCAAGGGAAGUAGUCAGCCCAUAUGUUUUGUAAAUUAUUCAGCGCUGCAAAAGAUGGACUCCCUGGAUGCCAUGGAAGGUGAUGUGGAGCUCGAAUGGGAAGAAACUACCAUGUAAAUACUAAAACUAAAUAUUGAAACUAAAGUCAAAGUCAUAUUUUUCUAAGCACAGGGGCCAAAGUGAAUUCCCCUAUUUUGACAAUUAAAAAAACACAAGAUGACUGAAACAUCUUUUCUUCUAUCAAUGUGCCUUUAUAAAUAUGUUAAAGUGUUUUAUUCAGAUCACCAAGCAAUAAUGAUUUGGAGUACUUUUUGCACAGACCGCAUUUCUGGUGUUACAUGAAUACUGCAUUCAGUAUGUAUUUAAAUAGAAAGUGUGUUUGAACAUAUUCCUUUCUUCCAGUUAUCUUUGUAAAAGAAGAAAACUGAGCCAAAUAUGAUGUAAAACUUUCAUAUUCCCAUUGAACUUAUUUUGGUGUGAAUUUGCUGUGUUCUUUGUGUUUUGGUUUUAAGUAAAAGCUACAGUUCCUUGAAUCAUUCUUGCUAGAUUGGUUUCACUGUUGUCAGUUCUUGCAGAUUAAUUCCAAUACCAGUACAGUGAUCUUUACCUAACUGUAUGUUCUUGUGUUUUGAAUCUUUUUUUAUGAGUGGUAGCAUAUCAGCUCGUGAUCCUGAACAGCUGAAGAGUCACCUUCUGACAUAGGGAGGAUUAUUCAGCUUUUAC